AACCCAUCAAUUUAGAGGCAUAUCACCAUCGCUUUGGUUCUGACCAUUUUAUAUAUAUCUAUCUAUUUUUUUUUGUAACAAAUAAAGAAUUACUGCAAUGAAAUUUCAUGUGACACAAUAAACAGCUGUAGUGCCUGUUUAAUAAAUGUAAAUCGUUGAUAUCAAAAGAAAUUACGUGUAAUUAUAUGAUACGUUAUUAAAAGGAGAUACGAACGCAUACGAGCGGGAAGCUGAGCUGAGACACCUUUGUGCAUUGACCGCUUAUGUUGGGAAACGUGUCCACUAUUGAUUGGCAGUUGAGUAUUUCGCGUGCGUUUGGACGUCAAAGCAAAACCAGCAGAUCCCAUACAGACCAGAAAAAACAGUUUGAGGCACAUUUGUAGACGGUUGAAGAGUGUCGACCAUGGAGGCAGCAACAGCGACUCUGGUUGGCGAGCCACAGUUGCCAACGGCGCCCGAACUGCCCUCCACAUCAUCAAAUGGCAGCAGCAGCAGCAGCAACAACAACAACAAUUCACCCACAAAUGGGUCAGAGUGCGUAGAUACGGACAACAUUGGCUGGGCCAGGAAGCCUGCUGACGCCACAUCUGAGCUGCGCCAGCGUGCAACAUCGUAUUCUUUCACGGGCAGCGCCCUGGCCAGUGGCAACUUUGCAGAUAUCAAGGAGCCGGGCGCAGCUGAGGCAACAUCAUCAUCGGCAACUGGUCCGGCUAACGAGGCCGGCAGCAAUGACAAGGACAAGGAGCCCAGCGAGGAGUCGCUGUACGAGUGUAAUAUCUGUUUGGAUACAGCCAAGGAUGCGGUGGUCAGCAUGUGUGGCCAUCUAUUCUGCUGGCCCUGCUUGCAUCAGUGGCUGCUGACACGCCCUAAUCGUAAGCUAUGCCCCGUUUGCAAGGCAGCCGUCGAUAAGGACAAAGUAAUACCGCUUUACGGUCGCAAUAGCACACGCCAGGAGGAUCCACGCAAUAAGGUGCCACCACGUCCUGCUGGCCAGCGUACAGAGCCCGAGCCAGCCCCUGGUUUUCCAGGCUUUGGUUUUGGUGAUAGUUUCCACGUGUCCUUUGGCAUUGGUGCUUUUCCUUUUGGUUUCUUUACAUCAUCGCUUAACUUUGGCGAGCCGCGUCCAGCUGCGGCUAAUCGCGGCACCACACAGUACGACGAUGAGCAGACGCUGUCCAGACUGUUUUUGUAUCUCGCCUUUCUCUGCAUCGGUUGGCUGUUGUUUGCCUAGCAACCUGUCGACGCGGCAGCCCUCCACUAAACCCCAACAACAAGAACUACAGACAACUACAACAACAGCAGCAACAACAACAGGAACAACAACAACACUUUAAUUUGGAGAGCAUACAGAAUGCCUCAAUUAUGUAUGAGGAGCACCCUUUAACCGCAAAAUUUCUGCAAUUAUGUCUCCUUGUAAUUUCACGACAUGCUGUCUUUAAAUUUUAAUUUCCAGUUUUACUUUCCAUUUGAAUUGAUUUUUUUUUUUUUUUUUUUUUUUUUUUUUUUUUUGAUUUUUUGAAAUUGUACAUUUUGUUAAGUUUCGGCGGGGUAAAGUUGCAAAAAUCGUGGAAAGGAUUGCUGCGCCCCGAUGCUAAAGUUUCGAUCGUCAGCGCUACUAAAGUGAUCACUUCUUCAAUCCCGUUGCAUAUACAAUCCUUUCUUCGUGUACUUUAAUCGCUAUUGAUGCAAAUGAAAACGACAUUUACGAACAUGUAUUGUAUAAAAUAAAUUAAAAUAUACAAACAACCAAAAAAUAAAGAAAAGACAACUCAUCUUCUUACGAUUAUGAGUGCAUACAAGCAUGUAGAAAAACAAAAA